UUCAUCAGAAAAUGUUGGUCCUGUUUUAUUUCCUGCUGAUGCUCAGAGUAGGGUGCUGCACCGACGAUCAUAACUUUGUCACACAGACUGUUGGUGUCGGACAAAGUGUGACUCUCACAUGCACUCGCCAGACAUAUUUGUAUCAACAGCCAACUUUGCACUGGAUCAGACUUGUUUCUGGAAAAUCACCUGAACUCUUGGGAGGAACAAAUACUUUUGAUUAUGAUGGUAUUUAUGAAACUCCUCACAUUACAGCAAAACAAGGGCCUGGAACUUUUAUUCUGCAAAUUCAUGAAACUCAGCUAAAUGACUCUGGUUUUUACUACUGUAUAAAAGUCAACCAGCUCAACAUGGAAUUUAUGAACACAACAUUCUUGAGAAUCAAAGGACCAGAACCAGAUGUCAUUGACAUCAUUCAAGUUCCUCCAUCUGAUCCAGAACAUCCAGGAGACUCAGUGUCUCUGCAGUGUUCAGUCCUCUCUGACUCUGAGAAGAAAACAUGUCCAGAACAGCAACACAGGAUGUUCUGGUUCAGAGCUGGAUCAGAUGAAUCUCAUCCCAGAUUAAUUUAUGCUGAUGGAAACAGUCAAGAUGAAUGUGAGACGAAACCUGAGGCUCAGUCUCUUCAGAAAUGUAUCUACAGCUUCUCUAAAACCGUCACCUCCUCUGAUGCUGGGACUUAUUACUGUGCUGUGGCCACAUGUGGACAGAUAUUAUUUGGAAAUGGAGUAAAAUCAGACAAUAAAGCACUCAACAUGCGAGAUUUGAAGACAGACAAUACAGCUCUCUUUCUGGUAUCUGCUGCUUUGGCUGCAAGCCUGAUUGUUAUAGCCUUUCUCAUUUAUACCAUCAAGAUGAAAACUUUCUGCAAUGGUAAUACAAUUUUCCCGCACAUUAAUGUAUCUGAAAGUAUUUUGCUAAAGCUAGCUCUGAGUUUUGCAUUAUUUAAUUGUGUAAUUGAACCAACACCAUCUUUUACCUUAAAUCUGUGCAAACAGAUGCUGCAGCAGCCAGUGGUCAUCAGGAAAGAUCACAGAAUGAUUCAGACACAUGGAUUUAUUCUGCUGUUACCUUUACCGUGGUAAAAAUUGACAGCGGUGCAAUAAAAGAGGCCAAAGCAGCAGAGAGAGAGAGGAUCUACACUGCUGUCAAGGCUUUUGGACUGGAUUAGUGAGUUAACAGAUGUUAUGCAGCUGUUUGUAUUGAAUAAUGUAGUAUUGUUUGUUACUACUAAAGGGCUUUGCAUAUGCUGUAGUACGAUGUAUCGGUAACAUUUAGUGAAGAAGUUAUGUCAUUAUUUUUAAAUGUAUUUAGACUGAAUUUUUUUUUUCAACCAAACACUUGCAAACAGGAAUGACCUCAAACUGAAAGACA